GCUAGCUAACGUAACGUUGGCGUAGUUAGCUAUUCUCCCUUUAGUUUUAAACUGAUGUUACUCAAUGUGAGAUAGCUAGCUACAUGUUACUUCACUGUUUUUUUUUAUGUGUUCCAUUUUCACUGAUGGAAAUAAUAUAUCUAGCUAGAUAGCUAACUAGGUAGUUGAACUAGCUAGCAACUACUGACUAGCUAGGCAGACAGUUGUAUAACGAUAGCUAGCUGAUGUAAACAUCCUGUCAAUCGAGGCUUCGCUCACGUCAACAAGUCCUAAAUGCAGUAACGACGAGCUAGCUUAGUAAGCUAGCCAUUUAUUUUUGAUAGAAGCUGUGUGGAUGCCAAGAUAGCUAGCUACAUUACGUAAAGACAAUGUUUGUCAGGUGGGUUGAGCGGAUCAUCUAUGUAAAUAUAGCAGAUCGGUAGCGAGAGGAUUCAGCAAGGAUGGAUGAAGCUUUCUAGAAAGUUGCCUCUAACUAGAGAUAACUAUGCUGGUGUUGUAUAAGUCAUCCCCCCUGAUUCAGUUCCACAUUAACACAAUAGUGUAGCUUUUCUUUUUUCUUUUAAGUUAAGUUAUUGAAAAGUAUGAUGGCUCAUUCAUAUCCUACUUCAACAUAAAUUGGCAAUGGCACUAUUUUUGUAACAUCACCAUCAUUAAUCCUCAAUUACUUUGUUGCUCACUAAUUGGACAUCAGGGUAAUGUUAUAACAAAUGUAGGCCUGUUUCAACUGUUUGUGAUCAAAUCCAACUCAUCCAGACAUUAAGUGCAUGACUGAAGCUUCUCUGGAUGCCUUCUUCUUCGAUGAGGUUUACCGGCGGUUGGCAUCCAAUAAAUGUUGCAUUACCGCCUCCUACUAGACUUGAAUAUAACUCCCUUAUACCUCAAGCCUAAGUGUUCUGUAGUCUGAUUCUGAAUUUCUGAUGCUGUUCAAAUGUACGAGGCCUAAUGCUUGUUCUGUUUGAUUAAACUGUAAAGUAAGCACAAACUCCUGGCCUCAUCUAGGUUGCCUUGGGCAAAAUAUGGGUAUUAACUUAGCCUAGCUCUUAUAGAAUUGUGGCCUACAUUCAGAUGCCAUGCAUUUGUACAUUGUUAUUUCUAUCAUACCCUGGACAUUCCUGUAAUUUCCCCAGUUUAAUCAGUCAUCACAUCACACUCACUAACUAGUUGGAUAGCUCUCCUCUGCCUUAGAUUACCCAGUCAUUUGACAGGCUUAUUUUUAUUGCACUGUCUGGCCAGUUGGUUUUGGAGCAGGUGGGCCAGCCUCCUAAUCAUCUUAUGUUCAAAUUAGAGACACCUGACAUGCAUGGUGAUCUCACACAGGCCUGGUCAGCUGACCUGGGAAAGUGAAGCCUAGUAGGCCGAAGUAUGGAUGGCAGGUCUGGACAGCUGGUGGCAUAGCAGUCCUGCUCCCUAGGCUUGUUUGUUUUCAGACUCAGUUCCAGAGGCACGUGUAGUAGUCAGACCGUUGGACCUGACAGAAGAGCUCUCUGUAGGUGGAACCUCCCCACUGUCAUCAGCAGAGUGGCUGAGUGAGUCCAAGGCCCGUGGUGAGUGGAGCUCCUACCCCAGGCCCCCCAUCCAAAGGUCCAGCCAGCAUGUCCAGCGACCCCCCUCCUCCCUACCCUGGAGGUCCCAGCGCCCCUCUUAUCGAGGAGAAGAAUGGACAGCCAGUCGUUCCGGGCUCGGCGGACCCUGUAACGACGGGUCCUCCUCAGGGGCACCCCCUGCCUCCAGACUAUGGCCCUCCACCCUAUGAGGCCACGCUACAGCCAGGCUUCCUGCCACCACAUGUCCCAGGAGAUAUGCCCAUGCCACAUGGUGGCUUCUACCCUCCGCCGGGUCACUUCGGCCAUGCCAUGCCGGGGCAGUUUGGCCCUGGGCCCAUUCAAUUUGGGCCUGUGGCAGGUCAGACGGCUCACACGGUGCUGGCACCCCCGGGGACAGCUACCACAGUGACCGUGCUACAGGGGGAGAUGUUCCAGUCAGCACCCGUACAGACUGUGUGUCACCACUGCCAGCUGCCCAUCGUCACCCGCAUCAACCACAGCGUGGGCCUCAUGAACGCGGUCUUCUGUCUCUUCUGCUUCUUUGUUGGGUGUGAUCUGGGCUGCUGCUUGAUUCCCUGUCUGAUCGAUGAUCUCAAGGAUGUGAUACACACCUGCCCCUACUGCAAGGGCUACAUCUACACAUACAAGCGUAUCUGCUAACCACCAACAGACAGACACGUGUAUAUAUAUAUAUUAUGCACACAUUAACUCACAGCUCCUCAUGGUGGUAGUUGCAGCCUCUGUUCUUUCUCCAACAUUUGCUCAGUGUGUCGUGCUUCAUUUAGCCCUCCUAACUGUACCUUCACUUUCUAAUGUACUUACUCUAUAUCAGAGUAGGCUGGUGGGAGGAGCGGUAAGAGGACAGGCUCAUUGUAAUGGCUGGAAUGGAAUCCAUGGAACGUCCAACACGUUGUGUCCAUGUGUUCGAUUUGUUUGGUACUAUUCCAUUGAUUCCAUUCCAGCCAUUACAAUGAGCCUGUCCUCCUAUAGCUCCUCCCACCAGCCUCCUCUACUAUAUAUAUAUAUAUAUAUAUUUUUUUUUCCAGACUCGCUUACAUAGCUAUGUACAGGCAUUUAGAUAAGUGCUAGAUAGACACAUCACACAGGACUGAACCUGAUCUAAAAACAGAAACCUAGAACAGUUGAGAAAAGAUGAGUUGCAGACAUGGUACAUCUUGCAUACUUUAGAAAAAUGUAUUUGGUUACAGGAAGGCUUGGAAUUGGAUAUUUUUAGGAGCGAAAUGGAGGAGUAGAGAGGAAGCUCACACUUUGGGCAAGCUGUAAAAAUUUGUCACUUUAAUUUAAUCAAAAUCCUCAGCAAUUGCAGGGUCAGUAUUUUUUGUUUUUGUAAUUAUUUAAUCUAUUUUAAUAUGUUAAUAUUGAAGACAACGAAGGUUAUGUCCACGUCUGAGACCUACUUUAUGUUUAUGUUCUAAUCACCCUGUUUGUCCUACAACCUAAAUAAUGUAUAUCCCUUUUAAAUGUUACAAGUAAAUAACCAUGUAUCAGAUUUGUCCUGACAAACUCGAGUCGGUAAAACUGAGUUUGUUAAUUUAUUUAGUUUGUUUGUUUUGCUCACCUGGGAGUGGUUAAGUGAGAGAAGUAUCUGUUACUAUCUUUUUUAAUCCUCUCUGUGAUUUAGAUAGUCACUCGAUGUCCAGGGAUUUUUUGCUAGAGCUGUUACACAAUAAUACCAUUCAUGUCCAUAUUAAUGUAUUCAAUUUUGAUAAUGAAGCAAAUGUUUGCUUGCAUAAUGGUAUUGCGAAUACGCACGUUACCAGGUGAAAUGUCAUACAUUCAUAAAACCAUAAUUGCCAUGA